GUACUGUUAUGUCUUGGGCGGAGUUCAUACGAUCUCAAGAAGAAAUUGAUGGGGUGCGUUUUGACUGGAAUGUCUGGCCACACAGUCGAAUAGAAGCGCAGCGUCUUGUAGUGCCUAUCGGUUGUCUUUUCACUCCGCUGAAGGAACGUCCUCAAGACGCGGCUCAGCCUCCACCUCUCAACUAUGAUCCUGUUCUGUGCUCUCGACCAACUUGUAAAGCAGUCUUGAAUCCCUAUGCGCAGGUGGAUUAUCGAAACAAGCAGUGGGUUUGUCCUUUGUGUUUCCAGCGAAAUCCAUUUCCCUCGCAUUAUGCGCAGAUUGCCGAAGACAACCUCCCUCCAGAGAUGAUACCUCAGUUUACGACGGUAGAGUACACACUGACGCGGGCGACAACGUUACCACCAAUAUUUUUGUUUGUCGUCGAUACAUGCGUUUCGAAGGAAGAAUUGGUAGCAUUGAAGGCAUCUUUGUUGACGGCGUUGAGUCUACUGCCUCCUGAAUCAACCGUCGGAUUGAUAACUUUUGGACGAAUGGUUCAGAUACAUGAAAUCGGCACCGAAGGUAUUUCUCGCGCGUACGUGUUCAAGGGCACAAAG